AUGGAAGCCCAUAAUUACACUUUAGUGACUGAAUUUGUUUUCUUGGGUUUGACUAGUAGGCUGGACAUACAGCCAGUCAUCUUUGGGAUCAUCUUCAUCAUGUACCUAAUUACUCUAGUGGGGAAUUCCUUGAUUAUUACUGUAACCUGGAUAGACCCCAAGCUCAAGACUCCCAUGUACUUCUUGUUGAGUCAACUCUCCACCAUUGACAUCUGCUUCACCACCAUUACUGUUCCCCAGUUGCUGAUUCACACCUUCUCCAGGAACAAGACUAUAUCUUUUACUCAGUGUAUGACUCAGGUCUUUUUCUUUGUAGCUGUGGGUAACAUGGAAGGCUACCUAUUGGCAGCUAUGGCUUAUGAUCGUUAUGUGGCUAUUUGUAAUCCUUUGCGUUAUGGGGCCAUCGUGACCCAAAAAUUGUGUAUUUGUAUAGUCCUGGUGUUUUGGCUUCUCAUGUUCUUGAAUUCCCUUUUACAUACCAUCCUUGUUUCAAGACUUCAUUUUUGCAGCAACCACAUCUUGCACUUCUUCUGUGAUCUCCCUCCCCUAAUGCAACUCUCUUGCUCACGCCCUUUCAUUAAUGAGCUAGUGAUUUUAACAGAAGGAGUCACAGCAACCCUCUCCCCAUUUGUCUUUAUUCUGGUCUCCUAUGUUCGCAUUGUUGUCACUGUGCUUGGUCUACGUUCAACUGCAGGUUUACGCAAGGCUUUCUCCACGUGUGGCUCUCACAUUGUGGUGGUGACAUUAUUCUAUGGGACUGUUAUCCGGCUCUAUUUCCAACCAGUCAGUAGCUACACCUUGGACCGGGAUCGGCAGGUGGCUGUCUUCUAUACGGUGGUUACUCCUAUGUUGAACCCUAUUAUCUAUAGCCUAAGGAACCAGGAGGUGAAAGGUGCUCUCUGGAGGACCCUGAGCAAAAUCUUUCAGUAA